AUGAAACCACUCAAGCCUGCCGAUUUCGACGACAUACCUACAGACUCACCUACUCUGUUCGACUGCUUGACGAACAGCGACAAUGAUACGCUCAAUGUUGAUCUGCCUAGCGCUCGUCGGUGGGCGCGGUACUGCAGGGAUCCCGUGUGCCACAAAUACUUGACCGCCUGGCCCUGCAAGUCCAACUUUUGGCUGCAUUUGUAUGGUACGGCUGUGCACUGUGAGGAUGUGCGGACAUACGCGAAGGCAGGACGUCGUAAGCUGGCCAGGGAGUGGAGGGUUGAUACAGAAUGGGAAAUGAACGAACCAAGGUUGCCCAGGCCUACUCCGGAACAGAAUGGCACCCAUGGUAUUGCGCCAGAAAACGAGUAG